GCGGCGGCUGUGCAGCGCUGGCGAGGUAGGAGCGUACCCGUCCCGCUGACCGCUCCGGUGCCGAGGCCCUGCCGCUGCUGGAGUCACCGGCCAGCCCGAGGAGGAGGAGAAAGAAGAUGCCGGGGGGACGCUGAAAGCAAACCAAUUUUUUUGAUGCCCUAUGGGAAGAUGCAUCUUUGACAUGGAUCAUGUGUUUGGCUGUCUUCUACAGCCUGAGGCAACAAUGUGUGCUACAUAUGAUAGAAAAAUCAAUGGUGGGAAGGAUCAAAACAAGUGACAGUGUCACAGGUAAAGUGAUACCUGCUCAGUCAGCUGGAGAUGAAAAUACUGAGAAUGCUUUGGACACCAGUGUUAUAAAAAGACAUACUGCCAGUCUGGGAAGGCGAACCACACACGCGCUCUCAUACUUAGACAGACUAGAAGAAGAAAGUCUUCAGGGCUCAGUACCCAAAAUAUUCUCUCUGUCAAAAGAACAACUGACUAAUGACAGUAGUAAUGAAAACUUCUGGGAGAGGAACAGCUCCAUCCCCGAUUCAGUGGAAUUUCUUAACAUUAACUGUAACAUUGUACAGAAAAACUACAAAAGCAAUAUCCCAUGCAGCCAGUUGUAUAAAGCUUGUGAUCCUUUAGCACGGGGAGAGGCAUGUCUGGAAACUGGAAUUCCUGUUUCACUGGAAAGAGCCAUGCUUGCUGAACUUCAAUUGAAAAUGAAUGGACCUUCGUUAAGAAGCCAGACAGCAGUAAAUAAGAAUGACAGCAAUGAUACUGAUAAAGUGGCCUUUUUUCACUUUCAUUGUGCUGGUGAAAGGAAUAUAUCAAAGGCUUUGUGCAGUUUACACAACGGCUUCAUUUUGAAUGACUGCUUGCAGCCAGUAAGUGUUGGCGAUGGUAACACCACUGGUUCCCCAGCCUGUACUUGCAGAUUGGUGGAGUUAACAAAUAAUUGUGAGAAUGAAAAUGGGCAGCAGUUGUAUGAAGACACUUUAAGGGAUAAGCAUUUAUAUCUGGAAAGAGCACCACGAAAGGUUAAAGUGGAGUGCUCUGGUCACAGCUUCUGUGGAAAUAACUUUACUGGAAGAAUGCCCUCAAAGCCCUUUCUGAGCCAUUUUGAAGACUGUAAUGAUAACUGUGAAGAAGAGUUGGAAGAGGAUUUUUUUAGAAACAGAAAGGAACGUUCUACUUUAUUAAUAAGACGCUUCUGUAAAAAUGAUAAAGAGGUUAAAAAAUCAGUCUAUACUGGAACGAGAGCAAUUGUUAGGACUUUACCUUCAGGGCACAUAGGAACCGUUGCUUGGAAUUAUGUUGAGCAAAGGAGAAACAACGGUGGGUUGAAGCUUUCUAGGAUUACAACAGAACAGCUAGCUGUAAUUCAGUCCUUAAUAAAGUGCGAAUUUCAUUCCUUUCUUGAGAAGUCUUUACAGUAUGAGAUCUUCAGUACAGUGCAAGAAGAAGAAGCAGAAGAUAUUUUUGAAUAUUUUCCUCAUCUUCUGAGAAAGCACCCAAAAUUUGAUCCAGAUUAUACAUGCAAAAGUGAUGGUUUUUGUGUAAAACCAUGUAUUACAGAUGCUCACAGUCAAUAUCGUGCCACUUUACAGAGGACUGCGCUCUCUAACUAUAUAACUGGUGCUUUACUAGAAGCAACUACAUCAUUAGGAGCAAGAAGUGGUCUUUUAAAUAUUUUCAGCGGAUCAACUGGAAGAACAAUGCUUAAAGAACGCCAAGUGUGUACAUCUAUGGCUAGCUCCAGCGUCCUUCCCUCCAACGUGGCUGGUAUCAGCAAAGAGCUAAUGGAACUGCAGCACCUUGUCCAGUUCCCAGAGGAGGUUGCCAGCAUUCUGACGGAACAGGAGCAGGAGCUCUACCGAAAAGUCUUACCCAUUGACUACCUCUGCUUUUUAACCAGGGAUUUGGGUAACACUGAAUGUCAAAGCAAGCUGCCAUCUAUUAAAGCUUCCAUAUCUGCUACUAUUCUUUCUUCUCCCAGUGGUGAACACAAUGCUGUAGAAGAUCUUGUGACACGGUUUAAUGAGGUGAGCUCAUGGGUUACCUGGCUGAUCCUGACUGCAGGUUCUAUGGAAGAGAAACGAGAAGUCUUCUCAUAUUUAGUACAUGUGGCAAAAUGCUGCUGGAAUAUGGGAAACUACAAUGCUGUAAUGGAAUUUCUGGCAGGGCUAAGGUCAAGAAAAGUUUUAAAAAUGUGGCAAUUUAUGGACCAAUCUGAUAUUGAAACCAUGCGAAGUCUGAAAGAUGCUAUGGCACAACAUGAGUCAUCUUCUGAAUACAGGAAAGCCGUCAACCGGGCACUCAAUAUUCCAGGCUGUAAAGUUGUUCCGUUCUGUGGUGUGUUUUUAAAAGAGCUCUGUGAAGUUUUGGAUGGAGCAUCAAGCCUCAUCAGGCUCUGUCCACGAUAUAACUCGCAGGAUGAAACACUAGAGUUUGUUUCAGAUUACAGUGGACAAGAUAAUUUCUUACAACGGGUAGGCCAAGAUGGCUUAAAUAACCCAGAAAAAGAAUCAACAGCAAACAAUAUAUUUCAAACAAUUCAGAGCUGCAAUCGUAGUUUGGAACCUGAAGAGGGUGAAGAUAAUUUUAGUGAAGGGAGUGAUUCAAGAAAAAACUCUUUGAAGGACAAAAAUCGGUUCCAAUUUAUAAUUGGAGACCUUUCAGAUUCUGAAAGUGAUAUAUUUGAGCAGUUGAAGGAGUGGGACACGAGUUCAACAGAAGAGCAACAAAAGGCUUUCUGCCAUGGGAUAGAACUCAUUCCCUGGUAUGUGUUAUCUAUCAGGGCUGAUGUCUACCAGUUCAUGCAACAAGGGGCAACCGUCAUUCAUUAUGACCAGGAGACACAUCUCUCAGCACGUUGCUUUCUUCAACUUCAGCCUGACAAUAGUACUUUGACUUGGACAAAACCCACAACGGUUUGCCCUGCAAAUGCCAAGGCAAAACUGAGUGUGUUGGGUAAUACUGCUGAGCUUGGAAGAUACCAGUUUCUUGGUAAUACUGGACUGGUGGAAGGCUUUUUGGAUUUGUUUUCAGCCAAGGCUGUAUAUAUGGGACACUCUGGCAUUGAUCUGCACGCCGUGUGUGUGCAAAAUAAACUUUGUAAUAUGUCCCUUGAAGAAAAUGGUAUAACACUGCUUUAUGGACUUCAGACUACUGAUAAUAAAUUGCUGCACUUUGUUGCUCCAAAAUAUACUGCCAGAAUGCUGUAUGAUGGGUUACUGGAAUUGACUAAAGCUGUGAGAAAAAUGAGGAGAUUCCCUGACCAAAGACUACAGUGGCUGCGGAAACAGUAUGUCAGCCUUUACCAGGAGGAUGGAAGAUUUGAAGGCCCAACCUUGGCUCAGGCUGUUGAACUGUUUGGAGGCAGGCGAUGGAAUGCAAGAAAUACAAGCACAGGAACUGUCACCAAGAACACUGAUAAACCUAGUGUACAGAGGAACAACACACUGGGAAUAAGCACAGCUAAGAAAAAGAAGAAAGUACUAACGAGGGGUGAAAGUGGAGAGGCCACUGAUGAUGAAAUGGCAACUCGGAAGGCAAAAAGCAGUAAGGAAUAUCGUAAUAGAAGUGGUUCAGACCCUCAAGAUAUUGAUGGACAAGAAGAACCAGAUCAAAAUAUUAUUAGUAAUGCUUCUCCAUCUAAUAAUCUGCCAUCAAGAAGAGCUCACUCUCUGACAGCAUCUGGAUCUCCUAGUUUAGGAGCUACGACUUCUUCACCAGCAAGACCACUCUCUUCUCCUGUAAUGUCUUCAAGCAAGACUCAGUCUAGCACGUGGAGCAGCAGUAGCUGGCAUGGCCGUGUUAAAGGAGGAAUGAAGGGGUUUCAGAACUUCAUGGUUUCUGAUAGUAACAUGACUUUUGUGGAAUUUGUAGAGCUCUUCAAAUCUUUCAGUGUCCGUAGCCGCAAAGAUCUGAAAGACCUUUUUGAUGUCUAUGCUGUGCCUUGCAAUCGAUCUGGUUUAGACCCUGCUCCACUUUACACUAAUUUGAAGAUUGAUGAAAAUAGCAGUGGAUUCCAGCCUGAUUUAGAUUUGUUGACUAGGAAUGUUUCAGACCUUGGUUUGUUCAUUAAGAGUAGACAGCAACUAUCAGACAACCAGAGGCAAAUAUCUGAUGCUAUUGCUGCUGCCAGUAUUGUAACUAAUGGUACUGGAGUCGAAAGCACAUCUCUGGGAAUAUUUGGAGUGGGAAUCCAGCAGCUAAACGACUUCCUAGUGAAUUGCCAAGGAGAACACUGCACCUAUGAUGAAAUCCUCAGUAUUAUCCAGAAAUUUGAACCCAGUGUGAAUAUGUGCCAGCAAGGGCUGCUAUCUUUUGAAGGAUUUGCAAGAUUUUUGAUGGAUAAAGACAACUUUGCCUCCAGAAAUGAUGAGUCACAAGAGAAUGAUGAGGACUUGCACUUUCCACUGUCAUAUUACUACAUAGAAUCUUCACACAAUACUUACCUUACUGGCCAUCAACUUAAAGGGGAGUCUUCAGUAGAGCUCUACAGUCAGGUUCUUUUACAAGGCUGCAGAAGUGUAGAAUUAGACUGCUGGGAUGGCGAUGAUGGGAUGCCUAUCAUUUACCAUGGGCACACUCUAACAACUAAGAUCUCUUUUAAGGAGGUAGUUGAAGCUAUUGAUCGCAAUGCGUUUAUCGCUUCUGACUUGCCAAUUAUCAUAUCAAUAGAAAACCACUGUUCAUUGCCUCAGCAACGCAAGAUGGCAGAAAUUUUCAAGAAUGUAUUUGGAGACAAGCUGGUAACAAAGUUUUUAUUUGAGAGUGACUUUUCUGAUGAUCCCAUGCUUCCUUCACCUGGCCAACUGAAAAGAAAAAUCCUCCUUAAAAACAAGAAAUUAAAAGCCCAUCAAACACCAGUGGAUAUAUUGAAACAAAAGGCUCACCAGCUAGCCCAUAUGCAAGCACAGGCUAGCAAUGGUGCUAGCAACUCCACACCUACCAAUGAAGAGGAAGAAGAAGAAGAGGAUGAAUAUGAUUAUGACUAUGAAUCUCUCUCUGAUGAUAACAUUCUUGAAGACCGACCUGAGAAUAAAUUGUCAAGUGAUAAACUGCAGUUUGAAUAUAAUGAAGAGACUGCCAAACGAAUAAAGAAGGCUGAUUGUGCUACGUACAAUAAUAAAGGAAAGGUUUACGAUAUGGAGCUGGAUGAAGAAUUCUAUCUUCCGCAAAAUAAGAAGGAAAGCAGACAGAUAGCCCCAGAGCUAUCAGAUCUUGUUAUUUACUGUCAGGCUGUAAAGUUCCCUGGCUUGUCAACUCUAAACCCAUCUGGCUCUAGCAGAGGAAAAGAAAGAAAAAGCAGGAAGUCCAUUUUUGGCAACAAUCCUGGGAGGCUGAGCCCUGGGGAGUCAGCUGCUCUUGCCAAAGCAUCUGGAAAAGGCCCUUUUGAUGUGAUGCGGCAGACCUGGGAAGAUCCUUGCUCUCCUUACAACUCUCCAGCUUCUCUCAGUGCAAUCAUAAGGACACCCAAGUGCUACCACAUCUCCUCCCUGAACGAGAAUGCUGCCAAGCGGUUGUGCCGGCGGUACUCUCAGAAGCUGAUCCAGCACACCACCUGCCAGCUCCUGAGGACCUACCCCGCCGCCACGCGCAUCGACUCCUCCAAUCCCCAUCCACUCAUCUUCUGGCUCCAUGGCGUACAGCUUGUGGCUCUAAACUACCAAACAGAUGAUCUUCCUCUGCAACUCAAUGCAGCGAUGUUUGAGGCUAAUGGUGGCUGUGGAUAUGUUUUGAAACCUCCUGUCCUGUGGGAUAAAAACUGUUCAAUGUACCAGAACUUUUGUCCAUUAGAAAGAGAUCUUGACAAUAAGGAGCCAGCUAUAUAUUCUUUAACAAUUGUGUCUGGCCAGAACGUCUGCCCCAGCAACAGCACAGGCAGCCCGUGCAUUGAGAUCGAUGUGCUGGGGAUGCCCCUGGACAGCUGCCACUUCCGGACGAAGCCCAUUCACCGCAACACUCUCAACCCCAUGUGGAAUGAACAGUUCCUCUUUCGAGUUCACUUCGAAGAUUUGGUCUUUCUUCGGUUCGCAGUUGUUGAAAAUAACAGCUCAGCAGUAACAGCUCAGAGAAUCAUUCCCCUGAAAGCUCUUAAAAGAGGCUACAGACAUGUCCAGCUCCACAACCUGCACAAUGAAGCACUAGAAAUCUCUAGUUUGUUCAUAAACAGUCGGAGAAUGGAAGAAAGUCCCUCUGGAAAUGCCCUGCCUGCAUCUAUGUUGUUUAGCACGGGGGAAAGGAAAGCUGCUGUGACCCACAAAGUGACAGUUCAUGGAAUUCCAGGCCCAGAGCCUUUCACUGUUUUCAAUAUAAGCGGGGGGACAACAGCUGCACAGCUGCUCCAUCAGCUCUUGGCUACCACAAAAGGCACCGAGUCAUGUGCUGGAGACUAUUUUCUGAUGGAAGAGAAAAGUUUUAUAUCUAAAGAAAAGAGUGACUGCAGAAAACCACCAUUCCAGAGAGUGAUCGGUCCUGAAGAAGGGCUAGUGCAGCUUCUGAACAGUUGGUUCCCAGAAGAAGGAUACGUUGGAAGGAUUAUCUUUAAAACCCGAGAGGAAAAUUUAAAUGAGAGAAAUGUCUUUCAAGAAGCAAAGGAAGAGGCAGCUAUCAGCUCUGAGGAUGACAGUUUCUUUGUUCAGGUACAUGAUGUCUCCCCAGAGCAACCACGCACAGUUAUCAAAGCUCCCCGCUUCAGCACGGCUCAGGAUGUCAUACAGCAGACUCUUUGCAAAGCCAAAUACUCCUAUAGCAUUUUGAGCAAUCCAAACCCAAGUGAUUACGUGCUCUUGGAAGAGGUGACAAAAGAGCCAGCAAACAAAAAGUCCUCAACAUCUAAACCGUCUCAGAGGAUCCUCUCUGAUCAAGAGUGUGUGUUUCAGGCCCAAAGCAAGUGGAAGGGAGCAGGAAAAUUUAUCCUUAAACUCAAAGAACAGGUUCAGGCAGCACGAGAUGACAAAAGAAAAGGCAUUUCUUUUACCAGUGAACUCAAGAAAUUAACCAAGUCCAGUAAACAGUACCGAGGAUUCACAUUGCCACCUCCACAGGCCUCACCCGAAAGUCCCCAGAGCAGAGACGAACGAUCCACCUGCAGUUUGACUUUUGGUGAUGUUAUGGAGUAACCAUAUCCACUGCCUACAGCACUGUCUGUUCAGCAAAUGAAACACACGGCGUAAGACCGUCCCGUUGAAAUGCCGAUGGUACAUGUAAACUGUCCACUAACGUACACUAACCAGACCUUUGUAGAGUGCUACAACAGCACUGAGCUAUUACCCAAGAAGUUACAACUCCUUGUAAAUGAAGAGGAAACUUCUUGUCUUCUGUUGACAAUCCCCUCUCACAUAUGGCCAAUUUAAGAUCACAAUUUUCUUUCCACAUACACCUGAUUAUUGAAGCACGUGACAUGCACCAUCGUACUACUGCUAAAUCAGUAACGGCAUUCAAGUAAUAUCUUCAGUUGCAACAGAUUUCAAAUAUGAAGGGACAAAUUUGAAACCUUACUUCCAGGCCUAAAUCAUUAAAACAAUCUGAAUUCAAGAAAAGUAAAGGAAGUUCUGGAAAGAUCCCAGUCACAUUCCCUCCUCUGCUGCAUUUCUUGGUUUUGUUGUUUUGAAAACUGGAAUUGACAUCACUGAAUCCUUCUGCAGUGCCUUUAAAGGAACCUGCUGCAGACUGACCUGGUCAGCAAUUGCGUGCCCUCUGCUAUAGAUGCUUAAUCCAGGCAAUACUGCUGGAGUCACAUCCCUGACCUGGGACUCCCGAGUGGGAUGUCGUAGACCGGAGAGAUGCCUGUGAGCUGUCAGAAGAGUCUCCUCUUCCUGUAUCUUCACGUAUGUGGACAAAGACAUUUUCUGGGACUGUAUGUUGUAAACAAACAUGUGUCGUCACCCUCCCCUUUUAAACAAAAGAUAAUUUUAGCUAGUUGCCUCUAGGGAAACUGAAGGCAGAGAACCAGUGUGUUCUUUUGUGUAUUAUAUUAAAAUAAUGCACUUUUACCUGAAGAUUUCUGUUAAACACUGUGUUAAGUGAUUGUAAAGAAAUUUAAAUAUACUGUAACUUCCUUUGCCUAGCUGUUUAACUUUGGUGAAUAUAUACAAAACGCUCAAAUAAUUUAUGGUUUAGCUACUUUAACAAAAUAAUGUACUAUAGCUAAAUACACCUAACUGUUUGUGAGACUUGGACAAGGAACAACGUUUUCUUCUUAUAAAUUUUAGUUUUCCAGGCUUGUGUUUAAAGAAAGAGUAUUUAUUAUCAUGUUUCAAAGUACAUGCCAUUGUAUAAUAUAUUUAUACUAAUUUUUGGAAAAUGCAGAAUUUGUAACUCUCUGGACUUAAGAGGAAAAGAAAUGUUUGAACUUUUCCAGUUGUUUCUUUUCAGGAUAAGACAUUUAAUACCCCAAACUGACCAAACUCAAACCAAUGCAUUGAUGUAAUUGCCUUUGAAAUGUAAUUGACAUUAACAGAUUUUUAAUUCAAAAUACAUUUUUCCAUACAGUCACAAAAUAUCUUUUUAUUUGUCUGGUAAAGCCAGAGAGUAUAAACAACCCUUAAAUAUAACUCUUGACAUUUUUGUUUACAUAGAAACACUGUUGUAAAGUUUUAUAUUUGCUGAAUUCAUCUUUUGAUAUUUAAAUUAGUUGUGGUUGUCUCUUUUUUUUUUUUUUCUCCAUGGGAGUUAUUCUUGUGCUGAAUUAAAACAAUCCUUACCAACUUACAGCAGCACAAAUGAAACAAUUGCUAAAAUCACUCAUCCCUUUGAUUCCCCAUAAGAACUGGAUCUGUGGUGAAUAAAUUGCUGUGCCCACAUCUUUGUUCCCUAAAGAAGUGUUUCACUUACCUGAUUUGACUAACUUAAGAAACCCAUAAACACGGGGAGUGAUUUGUGCACUCGGUUAUUCCAUGUCAGCUUUAGCACUCGAGCACAAAACACUGCUGCUCCAAACAGAGAAGCUGCAUCAGGCAAAAGAUAAAACAGCAGUCUCAGUAAAGUGAGGUUUACUUUUGAUUGAUAGUGCAGGGACAAAAGGGAAAGAAGUUAUGGGCACCCUCAUGAUAACCAGCCAGCCCACCCAAAAUUAUGAAAUUAAACAGAAGAAAGCAAAGUCAUUACCUGGCAUAUAAACAAGCAAAUAGAACCUGCAUUCUGGCACCAGAAGCUAUGAAAGUCCUUCAUUAUACACUACAGAAAAUUCCUAUGAAGUGGCCAUUCCCAAAGCAAGAAAGUGCCCUCUUGAGGUUGUUUCCAGCUUUCAGGAAAAAUAACCACAGACACAUUAAAAAGUGAAAUUUCCCCACUAUCCCCUGCUUAUCUUCAGUACUGCUGCAGCAAAGCAGCCUUUUGUAGUUCAGCAAUGGGAUACAACAAAACCCCAUCCACCUCCCAGCUCAGCCUCUUCCCUCUGAUUCUGGCAGCCUCUGUAACCGUGAGGUGUGCUCCCUCCCUAGCCCCCCUCCCCCAAGGCGCCUGCUUUGUGUCAGUCGGAUGCUGAGUGAACUGUUACAAGUGACAGCUUACCCCUAGUUUUAUAUGUAUAGUUUGCUUUGGAAUACAUUGGAAUUACUGGGAAAUGUAUCAACCUACUGCACAAUUCAACUAAUUCAACUUCUUUUGUUUUUUUUCAAAUGUUAGUGUCAUUCUCUCUUAUUUUCACACAGUUGUAGCUUCACACCACUAAGAUUUUUUUUUUCCUUUUGGUGGUUUUUUGGCAUUUUAGAAUCAAUACUUACUUUCCUGUGGUGUUUGCCUCUCUUUUUGUUGUUGUUGUUAGCAGCACUGAAAAUAAAAUUUUGGACAUCAAGUGUAGUGUCACAGCAGUCUGGAAGACAUCCUUCCUAAUUCAUUAGAUUUAACAUAGAAAGUACUUAAACUCAUGUCAUCAUCCACCAAUGGUUUUCUGUCACACAGAUAUAAAAAGAAAAGAACCCUUGGGAAAUCAAGGGACAACAGUAGCCAUGUCACAUUGUCUGACAGUCUAACACUAGCCUGAAGUCCAGUGGCAAUUUAAAAACAGUUGUUUUGUACUGUUUCUGCUACUACAAGAACUUUCUAGCUGUGGCAAUAGUUUAUUAACAUAAGUAGCUUCCUCAUCAAUCAAAGUCUAAAGCUGCUUUUGCUGCUGUUUACCACAAGAACAGCAAACUAUUUGCUGUUAAUAUCAAUAAUAUUAAUAUUAUUUGCUAUUAUUAACCCCCUCAACGUUGUUGGCGUGUAUGCAUCUAUCUAAGGAACUGUGUAAGGCUAAUUACACUCUGCCAGUAUUUUCACUGACGUACACAGAGCACUUAAUUUCAAGGUUAGGUAUUGAUAAACAUCCAUGUAAACUUUUGUUGGUGAAAUGUGGUACAUUUGGGGGUGAAGCUGGAAAUGAAUACAGUAUCCUUCCCUUUGUGUUAGGUUCUAAGUACCCUAAGUAUCAACACCACUUAAGAGUUAAACGGGGGGGGGGGAGUUACCUUUUGUGAAAGCCCGGUUAAACAACUUUCAGAUGCUGAGUUAUUAUUCCAGUAGGAAAGUUUAUUCUGCAUAGCCACAGGUCUGUUUUGGCAGGAAUACCUAUCUACACGUUCCUAUGAGAAGACCGACAAAGUAAUUUUGUCCCCUUCUGUGCUUUUGGCUGGAAAUGGACAUCAAUUAGGAAAACACAUUCAUUUUUACAUUACAAACUAUUUACAGGAAGCAGCUUCCAGGAUGGAGUUUUGAAAGAAAAGAAUGUAAAUUAUCAACACUUUCCAAAAAGCAGCAGGCCUCACACUGAACAGUUUACAGGUGCAACUCUCGAGCUUGGCUGCUUAUUGGCCAAAAUACAGAAGUAUUUUGUUCCACACUGUUUUAAAAUCACUGUUACUUUUCUACCAAUUUCUUGUCUUUUCCUUGGGUAGCAUAUGCAGCUUGCAGUGGGGGUGACUGCACAGGACAGGAGCUGGGCAGCUGCACACACGCUGCUCUUUGCAGCAACUAGGCACACCAAGAGGUGCUCCUGCUGCCUCGUUACUGUUUCUGGCUUUACUGAUCCCAAGUGUAGCAGUUAGAAGAAUUAAAAAAAAAUCCUAUUUCAGUUCUGAUUUUUAAAACCUUGCCACAUUAUUUUUAUUGCUACAAUUAUUGCUAGAUGAAGUAUCUCAAUAGCCACUUGUAGAAAAUUGCCUGCUUCUAGGAAUCACGUGCUUUCAAAAAUUAGAGACUCUCAUAUGGAAAUAUCUAAGUAUUUCAAGAGCACAUGCUCUUACCUGCAUAGUUUGUCCUUAAAAAGGAAAAACUUGCUGGCAGUUCUACAUUUCGGUGAAAGGCUGAGUCUGCAGCUUCUGAAAGUGAACUGUCUGUCCUGCUGCAGCUCUGCAAUUGCUUCAAUUAACAUUUGGUUUUCAAUCACUGGCUGUUACUAUUCCACUAUAAAACUCAAGUUUACUUUUAGGGUAGCCCACUACAUCUAACAAUGGUGGCAUUUUUUUCCUGUCUGUGGUAGAUUAACUUCAGUAGUGACAGACAUUUGGCAGAGUUAGAAAAUUAGACACAAAAAAAAUCAGUAAAUAGAUUUUGCUCCAAUACUCAAAUAGGAUAUUUUAGAAAGAGUUGUACAGUUUUCUUCCUCUGCCUCUUAAAGGAUGUCAAAGUAUUGCAACAAUGCAACAUCACUAUGUGCCCGUCUUCAUAUUGUUUGGAAACUAAGUAAAACGAACCAUUUUAAAAGUGACUUUUCCACCUGGACUAUUUUCUCUCUGCUGACUUGAAUAAAUUUGUAUUUGUAUAUAUUGUAAAAAAUAAAUCAUUUAAGUUGUUGACUCUUUGCUUUUGCCUUCCUGAACUUACAA